AUGCCCCAAACUGGGAUUCUCAAAGUCGAAAUAUUUGAUGUUUGGGGUAUCGAUUAUAUGGGACCGUUCCCAUCUUCCAAUGGGAAUUGUUACAUACUUGUAGCAGUAGAUUAUGUGUCCAAAUGGGUAGAAGCCAUAGCUUCACCGACAAAUGAUUCCAAGGUAGUCAUUAAGCUCUUCAAGAAGAUCAUAUUUCCCAGUUUUAGUGUUCCACGAGCUAUUAUUAGUGAUGGGGGUACCCACUUCCAUGAAAGACAAUUGGAUAACCUCCUCAAGAAGUAUGGCGUAUAUCACAGAACAGGGCUUAGUUACCACCCCCAAACUAGUGGUCAAGUUGAGGUCUCUAAUAGGGAAAUCAAGGCAAUCCUAGAAAAGGUAGUAGCCAAAUUGGUUUAUGGUAAUGCAUGUCAUCUUCCCGUAGAAUUGGCGUACAAAGCUUUUUGGGCGAUCAAAGAGCUUAAUAUGGAUUCUAAGGCCGCGGGUAAGAAGAGACUCCUCCAACUCAAUGAGUUGGAUGAGUUUAGAUUGUCGGCAUAUGAUAGUGCGCAGAUUUACAAGGAGAAGACCAAGAAGUGGCAUGACAAGAGGAUCUUACCAAGAGAGUUUGCACCGGGAGAUAAGGUUCUUCUCUUUAAUUCUAGAUUGAAGAUUUUCCCAGGAAAGUUGAAGUCUAGAUGGUCUAGUCCCUUCACUGUCACAAAGGUGAACAAAUUUGGUUCGGUAGAGUUGGUGAAUGACAAAGGUGAAGAAUUCAAGGUGAAUGGCCAAAGGUUGAAAUUGUAUCAUGAAGGUGCUACCAUUAGAGAUGUGGAGGAGACUCUCCUAACUCCACUUCCAACAUGA